UGACAACCCUGUCAACUAUCGUCUAUCUCCUUUCAAAAAUGGUAGCAAAACGUUCGUCCUGAGAGUUCUCGUAAUUUUAUGUUUGGUUUAUCUAAGAAAAUUAUGUACUAAAAGUGAAUAGUGUCGUGAAUGUAUAGAUUAAAAGCCUCCAAUUAAUAUUCGAAUUAUAAAAUGAGUACGGAAGUCGCCCCAAACAACAUAGAAACGGAAUUCUUGGAACUGAAUUCGAAAGAUGACUGGCCCGCGUUUUAUCAGAAAAUAAGAGCAAAAAGUAUAAAAUUAGCUGGGCCUUGCUUAGAGGCCCUCAAACCUCAAAAUAAAAAUUUAAACAGAUAUAGAGAUGUCCAUCCAUAUGACCAUAGUAGAAUCAUUCUGCAGAGGGGUUCUACUGAUUAUAUCAAUGCCAAUCUUUGUAAGGUGGAAAAAGCCAAUAGAAAAUACAUAUUAACACAGGGUCCUCUUUCAAACACAGUAAGCCAUUUUUGGCUGAUGAUAUGGGAGCAACAGAGCAAAGCUGUGUUAAUGUUAAACAAACUAAUAGAAAAAAGAGCAGAGAAAUGUUUUCAGUAUUGGCCCUCAAAUGUUGGUAGCAAAAUGACAUUUAAUGAUGUUGGUCUAAGCCUUGAGUACUUGGAGCAGCAAGAUCAUUCAUAUUAUCUGACCAGGAUUUUGAGAUUGACAGAUAUUGAAAGUGGCCACCAUAGAGACAUCCUACAAUUCCAUUACAUAACCUGGCCUGAUUUUGGGGUACCUUGUUCGCCUACGAAAUUUUUAGAUUUUCUAAAAAAAGUUAGGAAAGCAGGAGUAUUAGAGGAUAAUGUUGGACCUCCAGUUGUCCACUGUUCCGCUGGUAUAGGAAGGUCGGGUACAUUUUGUUUGGUUGACUCUUGCCUAGUUCUUAUUGAAAAAUAUGGCCUAAAUUCUGUGAACGUUGAAGAAAUACUGCUAGAAUUAAGGAAAUACCGGACCGGACUAAUACAGACGGCGGAACAAUUACGUUUCUCAUAUCAGGCAAUAAUUGAGGGCGCAAAACAACUUUUAAAUCAUGUAUCUGAUGAUGAUGAGAGUUCUGAAGGGAAGCCAAACAACCACCUGAUCCAAGAUGGCGGUGAGUUAAUAGAGGAGGCCAAUACUUCGUCGGAAGAGGACGAAAUAGAACCGCCCCCUCUUCCUCCGCCGCGCAUUGACAGUCUUGCAGCAUCCGCGGCCUCCCAACAAAAUGGUCUUGCUGAUAAGCCACUGCCAACUAUACCACAGAGCGUUUCGUAUAAUGAUUUCACUUAUAAAGGAAACGGUGAUGAAAAUGGUGAAGAGAGACAAGUACCAAGUGGUCCCCUUCCAAAUGUUCCUACUUUAGAGGAAGGCAGUAGUGAGGAUUCCCUGGAGGAAGAAAGUGACGCGGAUGAGGAGGACGAACCAGAUGAAGAAGAUCCCAGAGUCGAGAGUCCGAGCAGUGAUGAUGGGAAGUCAAAGAAAUUGCCUAGGCAGCCUAAAAAUUCUUUAUGUAAGUGGAAUAGAAAAAAUUCUGCGGAAAUUCGUCACAGACGUCGCGUCGAACGCAAGAAUCAACUGGAAAAGCAAGUGAGAGACAUGAAGAGAAGACAACAGUCGACAGAGCAAUGGCAACAGCUGAAGAGGUCUCUAUACGUUCCCCUAUUGGUCGGAGGUGCCGCCAUUUUAUUGGGCGGCGGCCUCGCAGCCUACUUCUAUAUCAAUAAAGAAUAAACAAUCAACGAAAAUAUUUUCGGAUCGGGUUUAGGUCGCACUGGUUGGGACAGGGUGAUUCGUCAUUUCACAGUGAAACAUAAUAUGAAUGUUUCACUGUAAUGAAACACCCUAUAUGUUUGGCUCAUAGAUUAUAUAUUAAUAUUUUUUAAAUUACUUAAAGCAGUUUGGUCGGUUUCAAGAUUAGUCGUCUGCUGACGGUUUUUCUUCCGUAUGUUGUUUGUUGAUGAGAAAAAUUGGUUAUGUGACGUCACGUGGAGAAAUUAUGACGUUUCAUAUAUAUUGUAUAUUUUUUUUAUAGUUUAUUUACUAGUUAUGACUGCAUUUAUUAAUAAACACGACAGUUUUUUAUACAACUUACAUAUCCAAAAAAAAAAGUUGAGUUCCUCAAAACAAUUUUUGCAAGCAAAAUAUUUAUUUUUCAUUAAUAUAUUUAUUUGUAGCAAAUGUUUAGACAAUUAGAGAUUAAAAAUUUGAGAACGUUUGGAUUGCUAGAAAAAGACUGAUACCAAUGACAGUUUUUAAAAUUCCGGUUUUUAUUGGACGAAAUCUCUGUUCGUUGUGAUACUAAAUUAAAAAGAGAAAUGGAAUAAUGGAGUGGGAAAUUCAAGCUGGAACGUGUAUAUAUUCAUAAUAAUCGUUAGGAAAACGUAUAAGACUUAAUGUGUAGUUUUUAGAAAACACUUGGGGAUGAAAGUUCGCGUUUUUUUCUGGUACAAAUUUUGUAAAUAACAUACAGCCCCAAUAUUUUUUAUCCAGACUUUUCAAAAUCAAACGCUUAAUAAUUUGUAAGUUCAUCCCUCAAGCAACCCUUUAGAUUUCAAUACAAUAUUAUCACUGAAGUAGCUAUAGUUGUAAUGUCCAUUGUCAUUUAAUUUUUUCAUAAAAAUGAAUCGAAAGUUACAGGGUCUUUUUGGAUUUAUAAAAAAAAAUACGAUAAAAAUAUCAUUGCACGAGACAAGUUGGUAUACUGCUAAAUAGGAAUAAAGUAUUUAGAAGACACUUACAUCUUAUCAGGCAAGUGAUUAAGGUAAGAAAAUUAAAAAUUUAUUUCUAUUACAUUUCAUAUCAAAAAUAUGUGUUACUCUUUGAAUAUCCUGCAAUGCCUAACUCUUAAAUGCAUCGUUUCUUCUUUUUUAUCAAAUAAUAAAAUUAUGUAAUAGAUGUACCGGGUGGCCAAAUAAGCGUGGUAAGCGGCUGUAUCUCAGGACCUGUACAUCUGGCAACAAUGGAAUUUUUUUUAUUAUUAUAAAAGUGGCCAUGAGAAAAUUCUGGAAAUUAUUUUUAAGUUCCGUAUUUCACCGCAAGAGGGCGCAACUAAAAAUUAAAUAAAAGAAACGUCUUUUUCUCCGAAAACUUAAACAUUAACUUAUACUUUUGAUAUUAUUUUUAGUAAACCUAGAUAAUUUUCUAUAAUUUUGGUUUAUGAAUUAUUGACGUACGAACGAUAGUAGGGGUGGGGGAAGCUAUUGAAAGUGGAAUCAUUAAAAUCGGUGUAAAUUCUAAACCACUUAUUCGAUUUGAGCAAUUCAAAAUUUAUUUGCAAGAUAAAUAUAGCUGCUUUAAAAGUCUGAUCUCAUCACUACCGUGUAGUUCCUAAUAAAACCGCCAGAGGGCACAAUUUGUAAUAAUUCCAGUUUUUUUCAUUUGGCUCCAAAAAUUCAAAUUAAAUGGUAUAUUUUUGACAUCCUAUUUAAAAAGUAAAUAAAAUUUGCAAAAGUACUGUGAAAACCGCACGAUGAUAUAUUUGCUCGUUUUAAAGUUAUAGCGAAUUAAAGUUUUUUACGCACCGAGCUUAAACUUACGUACCGCCAUCUAGUGUCUCGCCUAAAAAUCUCUAAUUAGUAUUACCACAACUAGGAUACCAUGAUGUUGUCAUAAUUAAUAAAUUAUGAAAGUAAUAAUUGAUUGAUAAAUUAUAAAUUAAUAAUACCUAUGUAUCACAGAAUGACUGGAAGUUUAUGUGACUUUCUUAAGGCGAAUAAUUUUAUUAACGAAUUUCUUUUUAUAUUUAAAUUAUGGUCCUGAAAAGAACCGAUUUUAAACCCAAACAUAUUUGGUAUUUAAUGCCUCGAUAGGUGUUCAAACCUGCUUUCCAUCACAUUCCAAAUAAGCUUCCAACCUUCUUGGGGUGGAUAAAACUGCUGUUUCGAUUUCAGCAGCUGAUAUUUCAUUUAUUGCACCACGGAUUCUGUUUUCCAUAUCCUGUCUUGUUGUAGGUGGAGUUUGGUACACAAUAUCUUUUAAACGACCCCAUAAGUAAAAGUCUAGGCAUGUCAAGUCGGGUGACCUGGCCGGCCAAGGAUAUAGACUCCCCCUUCCGAUCCAGCGCCCUUGAAAGUAAUUAUUUAUAUGAUGCCGCACCAAACGGGAAAAAUGUGCUGGGCACCCGUCCAAUUGGAAAUACAUGGUCCGUCUUACUUCCAAUGUCAAAUCUUCCAUUAAAAUAGGCAAGGAAUUUGCUAAAAAUUGCAAAAAAACAUUACCGGUUAAUGUGCCAUCAAAAAAAUAAGGACCAAUAAUUUUCAUUCCGAUAAUGCCACACCACACGUUUACACUCCAUCGGCCUUGGUGCUGGACUUCUCGCAUCCAACGAGGAUUUUCAACCGACCAAUAAUGCAUAUUUUGCCUGUUGACUUUCCCAUCCCUACAAAAAGUGGCUUCAUCGGUCCACAGAAUCUGUGACAAAAAAUCCCUGUUUUCGCGAAUCAUUGCUAGUAUCCAUUGGCAAAAAUCAAUUCGGGGCUCAAAAUCAUGUUCGUUUAGAGCUUGGUGUAGGAUUAUAUGAAAAGGGUGUAGCCUUAAAAUAAAAAGAAAUGCCUAUAUUCGAGAAGAAAAUUAUAAUAAAAAGAUGUAUUACCUGUGGUCUUUAAGUAUAUUUUGAACAGUAGUUCGAGCUAUUCCCAAAUCUAAAGAUAACGCACGAGUUCCAAUAUGCCUAUUAAACUCUACGUAGGCCAACACAUUAAUAAUGUUUUCUUCAGUUCUGCAGUAGAGCGACGCCUUCUAAAUUUGGGCUGACUAAAACUCCCAGUAUCGCGUAGUCGCUGUACCAACCGUGGAAAAAUUCUUCUGCCAUAAUGGCGGCGAUCUGGCUAGCGAAGGGCAUACUGUCUUUCAGCUAUUGCUGCAUUUUGAAAGCACUCAAAGAAAACCGCAAUCAAAUCCACAGCUUCAUUAUUUGUUAAAGGCAUUUUACAAAAAAUCGAGCAAAGAAAAUUGAAAACAGAUUUAAACUGGCCGUCUAAUAAAUAUUUGACGUUUCCAUACAAUGCUUUUUAAAAGUUUCUUUUGUUUUUGCCGCCUACUAUACGUUAACUAGACAUUCUAAGGCCGAGCGCUAGAUGACGGUAUAUAAGUUUGGACUCGGUGCGUAAAAGACUUUAAUUCGCUAGAACUUUUAAACAAGCAAAGAUAUCAUCGUGCGGUUUUCACAGUAUUUUUGCAAAUUUUAUCUACUUUUUAAAUAUGAUGUCAAAAAUCUACCAUUCGAUUUGCAUUUUUGGAGCAAAAUGAAAAAAACUUGAAUUAUUACAAAUUGCGCCGUCUGGCGGUUUUAUUAGGAAUUAUAGGGUAGUGAUGAAUUUACACCGAUUUUAAUGAUUCCACUUUCAAUAGCUUCCCCCACCCCUACUAUCGUUCGUACGUCAAUGAUUCAUAAAACCAAAAUUAUAGCAAAUUAUCUAGGCUUACUAAAAAUAAUAUCAAAAGUAUAAGUUAAUACUUAAGUUUUCGGAGAAAAAGACGUUUCUUUUAUUUAAUUUUUAGUUGCGCCCUCUUGCGGUGAAAUACGGAACUUAAAAAUAAUUUCCAGAAUUUUCUCACAGCCACGUUUAUAAUCAUAAAAAAAAUUCCAUUGUUGCCAGAUGUACAGGUUCUGAGAUACAGCCGCUUACCUCGCUUAUUUGGCCACCCUGUACUAUAUAUUAUAGAAAAAAUAUCGACACUUUUUUUAUAAUUUUAUCACAAAAAAAAGGUUUCCUUCUCAUUUGGCACCCUAUGCAAAAUAUAGUUAGUUGUGAAAAUGUUUGGAUAACUUACUUAAAACAUAUUAUCUUUACGUUUUUCUAUGACACAACUGAAUACGGAAUUUCUUAGACUAAGUGCAAGUAGAACUGCUUCAGUAUUUUUUUUAUCUCUGCUUCUAGAUUACUCGAUUUAUCGUCUUUGUAAAGCGAUAUUUGAUCACUCAGAUGCUGAAAAGCUUGAGCUUGAUUCAAAAUUUUGCUACUUUGUGCCCACGGUUGUUUACCGCAAAUAAUCAGAUGGAAAAAGUAGCCGAAGAAUUAAUUCAUUCAAAUAACAGAAAAAUGAAUGGCUCAAAAAUUAAACUAUCCAAAUGGACUUAAAUGAGCCUUAAUAACGGGAUUCUUCUAAUCAUGCUCAAAAAUGUUAAAAUACACCGAUGAGAUAUUUUUUCUGAAAUAUAAUCCUAUUACUUGUCUAAUAAGUUGGCAUAUAGUCGCAUUAUUAUUACAAUCGACUCGUAAUCAGAAGUUUUUGAAUGAUAAUAUGAGAUAUAAUAGAUUUGUUUAUAUACCCAGGAUCUGCAGUUUUAUAUAUUGACCUUUCGAGCUCGUUACUUCUUUUCGAUAUCCUACCUAGCUUUAUCUUUUUUAUUGAAAUGGAAAUGAACGGAAAAAUGUAUCGUUAAAGAUUUAAAUUAAUAUUUCUUCUAAAUACGCAUAUACAGUCGUGACAAAAAGUUAGAGCACCUUUAAAUUUAUUAUUCCAAUUAAUAUAGCUUAAAUCCAAUUUUGUAAAAUACCCAUUAUUUUUUAUAAUUUUUCGGCAUUGACGUAACGGCAUUUUCUCCUCAGCAUACGGCACUAUAAAUUCUUCUGAUAUUUGCUUAUACUGGAACCUGUUCGUAAUACCUUCAAUCUUGUGGAGGGACCCCAUACCAUAGUUGGAGAAACACCCCCAAACGAUAACGUUACCACCUCCUUGUUUUAUUGUGGUGCGGGUGUACGCGGGAUUCAGCCUUUCAUUGAUAGGCCAUCUUACGUAAUUUAUACCAUCACUCUGGAAUAAACUGAAUUUGGAUUCGUCGCUCCAUAUGAUUCUUUUCCACUCGGAAUCCGACCAGUGCCCCUCAAUCCCAAUCUCAACUUACCUCAAUCCCCAUAGUUUCCGAAAUACGAGGCCGGAUUUUAUUAGAGCCAAUAAAGGGGUCAUUUUUGGCAAUCCUUAAUAUUGCUUUAUCUUGUAAUAAAGUUGUUUUUCUUGUUCUCCCAGACUUUUUCUUUUCAGGUACCUCUUCCGUUUCGUGAUUUUUCUUUUCAGAUACCUCUCCCGUUUCGUGAAAUCUCUUUAGAAUACGGGAAAUAAUACUUUUGUUUAAGGAAAAUUUUCUAGCGACAUUAGCCGGGUUAUCCCCGUUUAAAAAAAAAAAACAAUGCGGUUUUUAAUAUCCAUUGAUAGACAUUUGCCACGAGACAUGUUGCUAUUGCUAUUCGAUAAAAUCUUCACUAUUUGCGGUUUUAACAUUAAAUGAGUUAAAGCGUGUCAUAAAAAUUCCAAAGUUGCCCACUUUUUUCCCGCCUAGAAAAUAGUUGGCAUAAAAAAAACACAAAAUAAUAUAAAUUGGAAUAUGUUUUUAUCAAAUUAUAUUUGUCCACGGCGUCUGCUUAGAUAGAAGAAAUAUCUGUGAUAUUAUAUUAAAUAUACGGAAAUUAUUGGGGUUUUUAAAAAGUUGCGCUACUCUUUGCCACUACUUUAAGUAUAUAUUUUUCUUUUUUUCAAUAAUUGAGCAUAUGACACACUAUUUCCUAGUUUCAAUGUAAAUUUAAAUUAGUCUGAAUUUCUUUUUUAUCUUUUUAAAUUGCUUCUUUUUAAUUUAAAUUUCUAUUCUUCGAUGGUUCGAAGGCUUAUUCGCAUAAACAUGUGACUUGAUACCCUGUGUGACUGAUAACACCACAGUCACAUGUCAUCAAGAUCAAAAUACUGCAUUACCUUUUUUGUUUUCGAACAAAAACUGUCCAAUUAUUCCUCCAGAUUCUAAUAUACACCAUACAGUGACACGUUUUGGAUGCAUGGGCUUCUGAUGAAUCAUUCGCAGAUUUUCCAAUUCGUAAAGCCCCAAAUGCGACAGUUUUGCGUAUUACCGAAGCCAUUGUAAAAAUGAGCGUCAUGAAUAAAAAUCUUUUUUAUUUGCAAAAUCGGUGGGUUGAUCAAGGAAAUAAUUGGUGAAUUCUCUUCACUGUGCUGGUCUGUUGGCAAAAAAUGUUGAGUUAGUUGGAUUUUGAAGGCAUGCAGUUGUAAAUCUUUAGUAAGAAUUCGCUGGAGAGUGCCUGUUGAAAAGGGUUUAGGCCUAUUUUCCGUAUCUAGCUUGUUUUUACAGUGAAAUACAUGUGACCAAAAAGAGGCAAAAUUGAGAUUAGUUUUUUUUUUUUUUCAAACAAUCAACUUUUUUGGAACUAUCUCUACUUUACAUAUAAUUUCUGUAAGAAUAAGUUACAGUGAUUAAAAUAUUCGGCUCUAAGAAUAGACAAUCAUUUUUGCUAAAAAUAGGCCAGACAUUUUAAGAAACUUAUGCGCCACCCUUUACACGAAGUUAAUUGGUAUAAAAAGAAUGGUCUAUUGAUGCGUUUUCAUCUUCAGUCAUUCUGAAAGAAUUCUUCAUCUUUUUCAUCUCAGUGAGUCUUUCAUUCUUCAUCUUUCAGUGCAUUUGAAAUUCGGUAUUUGAAGCCACACAAGAGAUGUCCAAAGGUGAAGUUGAAUAUUAAUGUUAAAACUUUUUAUUUAGCGACGUUAAUCUAAAGAGGUCACUGUUUUGUUUUUAAACCAGGGAUAACCUUCUGUGCAUUUUAAGUGUCGGGAUAUAAUUUGGUAUUUUGAGUUGUCCUUCGAAACAAUCAUUAUUUUGUUUAUCCAUCGAAAAUAUUGGAAACAACUUCAAACCUUUAGGUUAUUCUUUUGAGUUGCUCAAGUGGGCUAGCAAAAAGUGAUACUAAGGUUAGCAGCUUUAUAGGUUAGAUAAAUUGUACUUUUUUUGCAGAUAUUCAUUAAUUUUUUCUUCUUCUGGUACAUUUAAUUAGUGACUUUAAUAAUUAACGUUCUCUGCAUAAGGCAGCUACUUACUAUCGCCGAUAUGUUAUUUAUUCUGUUGCCUCUAAACAUAUUAAUUUGUCCUAAUCUGUUUAGUCAAAAAAAGGUCAAAAGUCAAAAAUAGCUUUAUUGUUACAUAACAUAAUAUGUUAUUAACAAACCAUUAUAUAAAACUUUAAAGAUAGUUGACAACAUGAUCUUUUACAAAAAUAUAAAUAUUUUAACAAUUCUUACAUACAUAGAAUAUAGAACCCACGCAACACAAUUAAAAUAGUAAGAAGUCACAUCACGCUACGCAAAUCUUCUCACUAUCAGAAAGUUGUAUUUAAAUGAACGAGAAUAAAAUGCUUUUGCAAGUAAAAGUUUAUAUUUUUCCUAUAAAGUUUUUCACAAUUUAUUAGCCUUAUAUAAAGGGGUAGAUGGUUAAAAAGCCUUCUGCCCCCAUACACAAUAGAGGACUUAAUCUGCUCACUUUUUCGGGUAGGCUUUUACUUUAGUAUUGCAUACAUUCGAGAAAUAAACGUGGAAAAUUCUGUGUUUUAAGUGUUUUGAAUAGUAAUAAUCCGUAUGGAUGGGCCUUUUCACAUUUUUAAUGAUCGCAGUAUGAGUUAAAGCAUCAAAACAUACGAAUAUUCAAUAGCCAUUAAAGUGACUAGUUGGGUGUAUUUCUAAUAUAUUUGUCAUAUUUAGCAGUGUAUCAACAAAACUAAUGUAGCACCACAACUUUUAGUUAUUAAGCAUUCCUUUCAAGUGCCUUGAUUUUACACCUAAAAGCCGUGGCAGAAAAUCUGUAUUGAUAAGAAAUAUAGGAUAAGUUUAGACGAAAAAAAGUGGCAAUCUUGUUAACCUUUUUUUUUUAAUUAGUUGCUUUUACUUUAGUUACCUUUGUAUAUUUUAACGUGGUAGCAAAUCUAUGACAAUACUACUGUAUUGGAAGUUUUAGAGCACUGUACAGGGUGCUUAUUUUAUAAAGAAGUUUUAUUCCACCUGUCUGUAUAUUAUGUGUCUACAAUCAAAAGUAAUUUUUUAAGCAGUAUAUCGACAACUUAUUAUGACUUUUAAUAAUGUGUGUAACGAAGUAUUAUAAAAACUACUAUAUGUGAUUAUUAUUAUUAUUAUUACAAUUAUUAUAAUUGCAACAUUUACGUUACGUUACGAUUAUUAUAGCAAUAGCGCUACAUUCUUAUUGAAGCAUUUUCCAAAUAAAUUAUUUUAAAUUA